ACCAACAGGACGGUAUUCAAAAGAAAUAAAUAAAGAAGUCAGGCAACGAGCAGCUCCACCUGCGCAGAGGGAACACCGCUUUCUCACGCUGGAUUCCCCCCGCGCGUGACUUUGGAGAGCACGCGCUCCUCCUCCUCGUUGCUGUGCUUCUAUUUUUUAAUGUCUUCUUUUUAUUUUUUUACGAGGAGCGCGGAAGUAAAUCACCCUUGAAGUGUGACUCUGGGCAUUGUCACAAGGAAAAAGCGCCCAAAUCUGUCCCUCCGGUGGACGGGACCUUUAUUUAUUAUUUUUUAUGAUUUAUUAUUUUGUUGCGAAGCUCCACGCGACGACGAUGGGCUGCGUCUCCACUGGGAACUCGGAGUCGGACACACGGGAGCGCAGCGUUUCAAACGCGGCCGACAUUUGUCUGUUUAUUUGUUAAACACAAGGGAGGAGGAAGAGGAGGAAGAGGAGGGGGGAGGAGGGGGUCAUUUGGAGACCGUGAUGCCCGCGAGGAACAGGUACAACCUGGUGGACGACGUCAAGGACUCGCGGCUGCCGCUGCACAACGACGAGGCGUACCACCAUGGGAUCUCCUUCCAGGCCAAGUACGUGGGGUGUCUCGACGUGCCCAGGCCCAACAGUCGGAUGGAGAUCGUGGCGGCCAUGAGGAGAAUCAGGUACGAAUUCAAGGCCAAGAGCAUCAAGAAGAAGAAAGUGAACAUCGUGGUGUCCGUGGACGGAGUGAAGGUGCUGCUGAGGAGGAAACAGAAGAGGAAAGAAUGGACGUGGGAUGAGAGCAAGAUGCUGAUCAUGCAGGAUCCCAUUUACAGGAUUUUCUACGUCUCACAUGACUCCCAGGACUUAAAGAUCUUCAGCUACAUUGCGAGAGAUGGUUCCAAUAAUUCCUUCAGAUGUAAUGUCUUCAAGUCAAAGAAGACGUCCCAGGCCAUGCGUAUUGUGCGUACGGUGGGUCAGGCCUUUGACGUGUGUCACAAGCUCAGCCUGCAGCACGCGGAGCAGGAUGCGGACGGACAGGCGGACGGGGCGAGCGACAAGUCCACGGAGGAGUCGUGCAGCGACGGUCGUAAACUGACGGGGGAAGAACGAGGGGAGGAAGAGGAGGACGGCAAACUCGGAGGAAGACCAGGCGGAGAAGGUCCUUCAGCCGGCUCGGCCCUCUGUGAGAAGGCCGUCGGGGAAAUUCUGCAGAGUCUGGCUGAACUGAACGUGGUCCGACCCGGACAGACCAUCAUAGACUGUGAUCGGCGGUCCCAGUUCACCGUGGCUCCCAGCAGCCCUCGCUCCCUCACCCCGCUGGCGUCGCAGCACUACCUGCAGCUGCUUCAGCAGCAGCUUCAGCAGCAGCAGCAGCACACGCAGGUGGCCGUCGCACAGGCGCAGCUGCUGAAGGAUCAGAUGGCAGCAGAGACCGCCGCCCGCAUGGAGGCUCAGGCCCGCGUCCACCAGCUGCUGCUGCAGAACAGGGACCUGCUGCAGCACCUGGCGCUGCUGGUGCAGCAGCUCCAGGAGCUGGAGGCCCCAUCCCCCAAAGCACAGCCGGGGGGGCAGCAGCCAGCUAACGGGCACGGUGGUCAGCGGUCACCGUCCCUGUCUCUGAGUCUGAAGAACCACUACAGCCAGACCCGGGACCAGACCCGGGACCAGACCCGGGACCAGACCCGGGACCAGACCCGGGACCGGACCCGGGACCGGACCCGGGACCAGACCCGGGACCCGCUCAUCACCUCCACGUGGCCGCUCCAGAGCUUCGCCCCCUCCCCCGGCCAGGUGGACUGCGCCGAGUCCUACCUGAACCUGCUCAACCUGGAGAACGGCACCGAACCGGCUCCAGCGCUCAACGGGGAUCUGGACCCGUUCCUCAGGGCCAACGGGGCCGCGGACCCCAAAGGAAACGAGAUGGUCCCGUUCACGCUGAGGAACUCGGCCAUCAUGGAUGAAAAGUCCGUGAUCCCGAAGCUCGACCCUCCGCCCUCCAUGAACCGCAAGCGCGCCAGCAGGACGUUGUCCCCGGCCUCCGAGGUCACCGGCCUCGUUCCCGGACGUCACCCCGAGCUCCUCGUCGUCCGCCGACUUCCACUCCCUCGGCAACGGGGAAAGCGGCUCCUGCUCGACCAGCGAGGACUCGGGCGUCCGGUCCGAGACCAAGUCGUCGCCGCCGUCGGCGCCGCGCGACGACGACCACGACCCCGACGACCCCUUCGGGGACCGCGGAACGUUUUUGCCGGCCUCCAGCGGCUGCGACAGUCCCCCGGAGGAGAGGGACCGAGCGGUUCUCUCGGUUCUCUCGACGCUCCCCUCCGCUCCGAUGGAUGACACCUGCCUUCAUAUCAGUUUCUCUGAGGACGAGCUGCCGGAGAGCAGCCAGGAAGACCCUCAGGAGAGGAGUUAGGGGCACGGCUGACCCCUGCUGACCUUUCACUCCAAUCAGCUUCUCAUGCAAUACUUCCCGUGUGUUGGCACUGGGCUCCAUCUCCGGACCUUUAAUUAUUAUGACAUAUACCGGCUACUGAGUACUGUAUAAAUCAUCAGCCGAUAGACAGAUUUAGUAUUUUUGUAAUUUUAAAUGAAUGAUCUGAUUGACCACUUAGUGACUAGAAUGUGAAGCAGGAUACAAUGUAGCCAUCCGUGCACGGUUAAGAGGUCACGCGUUAAGUUACCGUAGGAUUCAAAGGAAACACGUUUUAUUUUUGCUCGUAGUCAAACCUUAAAGAAAAUAAAAGUGUGUGUGUGUGUGUGUGCGAUGCUUCGCUGUGGUGCAAACUAUUGUCGAAACGCUCAUAUUCUGCAUAUUUCACUGGGUGAUGUUGGGAGAAGCCUUCUGUAGAGCACCUGAUGCGAGGAUGGGAGGGAACAAGGAAGUCAGAUAAAGGACGUAGGGAGGAUAGAAGUGAGCCGAUGUCGUUGUGUUAUGCACAUUCAGCUGUGGCUGUGUUUUGUUUUUUCCCAGCGAUCAGUGGGUUUUAUAGAUUUUUUUUCUCUGUGCUCUUUAUAUUUGGGGCUUUCCAGACUUGCCGGCUUUGAAGCAGCGCUGCGGAGAUUAUUGGAAUAUCCGUCUGGAUGUCGUGUGCCGUGCUGCGCGCGUUCAGCAUGUAGCGUGGGGUUGUAUCUUUUCAAAAAAACAUUGAAUGUGAGAUACUUUCACCCUCGGAAAUAGUGGAGCCAGCAGCCUUCAGGGCUCUGAGGAGGUCGCGAGGGAUUAAAUGAACCUCAAGACUCGACGGGAAGAUAAUCUGGAAUCACUGAGCCAGAAAGACGGAUUCUCUCUGUUCUGAUUCUGACUUUGAAUAAUCCAGGAUUAAGAGGAAAUCUGUCACUUCAGGAGAAAUUAAGCUCCUCGUUUAAAUUACAUAUAUAUUUAUGUAUGUGUAUAUUAUUUGUAUACAUAUAUGUAUAUAUAUAUGUAUGUGUGUGUAUAUAUAUGCAUAUAUAUAU